AUGUUUUCGAGCCCCAGCACGUCCACACCCUUCUCGGUUAAGGAUAUAUUAAACCUGGAGCAGCACACUAGUGCUGAGGACCUGGUCUCACUGGACAUCUCUCCACGGAUGGACUGUGCCUUACCGACCUCCUCCUGCAUGCUGGCCCGCCUGAAACAGGAGCCGCUCCGGGAGAUAUCGUCUGGAAGCUCGCUGUUUGGAGAAGAGCUCCAUGGUGUUAAAGCAAACAGAAAUACUGACCUCAACUUCGCCGCUGCCUUUUAUGGGAAAUCUUUCUUAGAAAUGGAUAUCAAGGAUGGGAAGACGUACAGCUUUCAGGGGAAACACAGAAAAGACAUGUCCUACAUCUCUCAGAGCGAGCCGGUGGAGGGCCUGAAGUCAGAGGACCCGGAUCGACCAGCCAAACCCCGGAAGCGCAGGAAGCCGCGCGUGCUGUUCUCACAGGCGCAGGUGUAUGAGCUGGAGCGUCGCUUUAAGCAGCAGAAGUACCUAUCGGCUCCGGAGAGAGAUCACCUGGCCGGAGUACUCAAACUGACCCCCACACAGGUCAAGAUCUGGUUCCAGAACCGCCGCUACAAGUGCAAGAGACAGCGACAGGACCAGAGCCUGGAGAUGGUCGGUAUCCCGCCGCCGAGACGCAUCUCAGUCCCAGUACUGGUCCGAGACGGGAAGCCCUGCCUUGGAGACUCGACGGCCUAUAAUACUUCAUAUAAUGUGGGCCUUAACCAUUUCACUUAUAACAGUUACCCAGCGUUCAGUAAUUAUCCCAGUCCUGGCUGUAAUACGAACUAUGCGUGUAACUAUCCCACCUCUGCGGUGCAGUCUAUCCAGCCCUCACAAAACAACGGGAAUUACAUGAACUUCGGCGUUGGAGAGUUAAAUAACGUUCAAAACACGUUUCCGUCCGGCAAUGGAGUGUCUUCUUUACAUGGAAUCAGAGCGUGGUGA